AUGCCUGCCAACCGAAGUUGGAUGAAGGCGCACCGGCGCUCUGCAGAGUUUCGAAGUGGCGUUGACGAGUUUGUUGCGGUAGCAACAAACCACGUGAACGCUGACGGAUUAGCUCGAUGCCCAUGCAUGCGGUGUUUGAAUGUGAAUUUUCACACACCUGCAACUAUAAGGGUUCAUUUAUUUCUCAGCGGGAUCCAACCUUCGUACAACCCCUGGUAUUUCCACGGGGAGACUUUCUCUCAGCCCGCAGUUGAACUUCCUGAAAAUGACGAAGAGGAAAUGGCAGAUGUGUUGGCCGACAUGUUAAGAGGGGACCCUGGGUUUGACGAAUCUGCUAACACUACUGAUUCUUUCAAUGAACCCCCUAUCAACGACAACAACAAGUUCGAUGACUUGUUUAAGGAGAUGGAGGCUGAGUUAUAUCCAGGUUGCAAAAAGUCAGCCCUUAAUGCACUGGUAAAGCUUAUGCACUGCAAGGUUUUGAAUAGGUGGAGCAACCACUCUUUCGAUAUGUUGCUGUCCAUCUUGAUUGAUCUAUUUCCAGAGGGGACAAAAUUACCGAAGUCGCAUUAUGAGUCGAAGAUGCGAUUGCGCAAUCUAGGUUUGGGUUACGACUCAAUAGAUGUGUGCAAGUAUAAUUGUGCUAUUUUCUGGAAGGAGAAUGAGAAAAAGGAGUUUUGCCCUGUAUGUGGCGAAUCACGAUGGGUGAAAAGAAAGGGUAAGGGGAAAAAAGUUCCUCACAAAGUUAUGCGUUACUUCCCACUCACACCUAGGCUGAAACGAUUAUAUUGCUCAAGACACACUGCGGAGGAUAUGCGGUGGCAUUACUCGCAGAGACCAAAAGAAGACGGUGUGCUUAGGCAUCCUGCGGAUGCUGAAGAAUGGAAGCAGUUUGACCGCCUUCAUCCGUCUUUUGCUGUUGAACCUAGAAAUGUCAGACUGGGAUUGGCGACUGACGGUUUUAAUCCAUUUGGCAACAUGAGCAACUCUUACAGCCUGUGGCCAGUUAUUUGUGUCCCAUAUAAUUUGCCACCGUGGAAGUGUAUGAGUUCUGAAUCGUUGUUGUUGACCUUAUUAAUUCCAGGUCCAUCAUCUCCUGGGAAAGACAUAGAUGUAUUCAUGAGACCGUUAAUUGAUGAACUGAAACAGUUGUGGGAGACGGGUGUUGAAACCCGAGAUGCCUACAACGGAACUGUGUUUUCAAUGCGUGCGGCAGUGUUGUGGACAAUAAAUGACUUUCCUGCUUAUGCUCUAAUGUCUGGUUGGAGCACAAAAGGGUAUAUGGCGUGUCCCACUUGCAAUGAACAUACUCCUUCCAUUGGCCUAAAUAGUAAGAUUGGAUAUGUUGGCCACAGACGCUUUCUCGAAAUGAGUGAUCCGAGAAGGAGAAGCAAAAAGUACAAUGGUAAGCCUGAGAAGAGAGCACCACCUCCUGUAUUGACAGGGGAUGAUAUUUUAUCUCAAUUAGACCGAAUUCCAUUGACUUUGCCUGGAAAACACAAACAGUUCGGGGGUGUGAAACGGAAGCGUUCUAGUGAAGAGCUCAAUUGGUCUAAAAAAAGUAUUUUUUGA